CUUAAUGCUUAUAUAUUGUUCUUAAGAAAAACUGGCUUGGUAUAUAAAAGGAAGUCUUCUUAAAAGAUAGUCACAACUCACAAGGCAAGACACAAAAAACUUUUCAAGAGGAGAAACCCAAACAAAGAAAAAAAAUCUCAAUCUUGGGUGCUUUUGAGAAAACAAUGGAUAGGCUUGAUGGUCCACCACGGCUCAUACUAGUCACUGAUCUUGAUUGCACUUUGGUUGAUCACGAUGAUCCUGAAAACACCGAUCUCCUUAGAUUCAAUUCCCUAUGGGAAGCUCAUUACCGCCAUGAUUCACUCCUUGUUUACUCCACCGGAAGGUCUAUGCGUUCUUACUUGAGUCUGAGAAACAAGAAGCCCUUGUUGACUCCCGACAUCGCCAUUACUUCCGUCGGUUCUCAGAUUGCGUACGGCGGUGGCGAGUCGAUGGUGUCGGAUGAUGUUUGGGUGGGUCGUAUGGGUGAAAUGUGGAACAGAGAGAUUGUUCUCGAGGAAACUUCUAAGUUCACACAUCUUGAACCGCAGCCAGACAAGAGCCAAGAGCAGCACAAAGUGAGUUUCUUUGUGGAUAGAGAACAUGCUUUGGAAAUAAUGAAUGUUCUUCCAGGGAGAUUAUUGGAGCGUGGGGUGGAUGUGAAGCUGAUCUAUAGCAACGACUACGCUUUAGAUGUUUUACCAAAAGGAUCUGGCAAAGGAGGUGCUCUGACUUAUCUACUUGAAAAGCUGGAGAGUGAAGGGAAGCAGCCUUGUAACAUACUUGUCUGUGGUGACUCUGGUAACGAUGCUGAGCUCUUCAACAUUCCUCAAACAUAUGGUGUAAUGGUUAGCAAUUCACAUAAUGAACUAUUAAAAUGGCAUGAAGAGAAUGCAAAGGAUAAUCCGAAAAUCAUUCUUGCCUCCGAGAGAUGUGGAGCUGGGAUGAUUGAAGCCUUACAGAGGUUUAACUUGGGACCAAGCGUCUCCCCAAGAGAUGUUUUGGAUACAGAGAACUUCCACGUGGAUGUUUUGGAUCCUGCUCAUGAGGUGGUUCUGUUUUAUUUGCUGUACGAGAAAUGGUUAUGUGGAGAGGUGGAGAAGUCUGAUAAGUACUUGCAGAACUUGAAAUCGAUCUCUAGUCCACUUGGUAUGUUUGUUCAUCCGUCUGGAGUUGAGAAACCGAUACAUGAGUGGAUAGAUGAUUUGGAGAAUUUACAUGGGGAAGGGAAAGAGAAGCAGUUUCGCAUUUGGUUGGAUAGAGUCUCGGCUUCUCUUAUCAGCCCAGAGACAUGGAUUGUAAAAUUUGACAAGCAUGAGUCAUCUGAGGGAAAAAUACGGUCUUGUUGCACAAGAGUCUUACUAAGUUGUCAGGAGGAAAAGGAAAAGCUGACGUGGAUGCACAUCCAGCAAUCAUGGUUGGAUAAUUCAUGUUCAGAUGAUCAAGACAAAUGGAUUUUCUGAAACUGGACUGACAUAUUAAGCUGAUGGUACUUGUUUGGGACAAGAGCUAACCACAAAGACAUUGUGUUUGUUCUGUUAUGUAUUGUUUUCAUUGAUACUGGUUUUACAUAUUUUAAGAAGUAAUAAUCAAAGAAGAUUGUGCCUGAAGUGGUCUGCAUUGGAUCAUAAUUGGUUUGUCAAGGACCUGUUGGGUACAACAAAAUCCUACAUUUACUUGGUUCAUGUAAUCUGCUAACUCUUGGUUUUCUCCUUUGUUCAUUUGUUCUGUACUUGUUGACUGUUGUCUUCAUGACACUGAUUAAGAAAGAAUGUGUGUUUGAUUUUU